GUGACUCCAAAUUACCAACAUAAAAUUUUAGCCACGCCAAUAAUAAAGAAUGCAGGAAAAAGAAUAAUGUUGGGAUAAAAUAGAGACAUGUCACAUGCGAAUAGGAAAAAGAAAUAGUGAUUAAGUUAAAAGAGUUAAGAAAGGGCAGAGGUAGGAAGAGUGCAGAUAAGGGCUUCCGCAUGGUAGCGCCACCGCCGUAAAUAAAAAUAAAAAUAAAUAAUAAUAAUAAUAAUAAUAAUAAGAAAAGCAAAGCAAAGACAGAGAUUGAAAGGAAUCUAUUUGAGACUUUGAGUUGAGUUUGAGCAAUUUCACCUGUCAGCUGUCACCGUAUUGUAAACAUGAAGGACUGUUUGUUUUUUGACAAGAAUUUCAAUGGUUUGUCGGAUAAGAUUCUUGAUGAUGUCCUCGAGUUAUUUGAUUUCCCCCUUGAGGAUGUGGAAACUGAUGCUGGUGUGGACCUAGAUUGGGAUGCUGAGUUCAAACUCCUUGAAGAGCCAUCACUUGGGAUUUUUUCUCUAGCGAAGACUGGCGAACCUACACAUGGCAAAACUAUUCCUAUCCAGAAUGCCUCUUUAAAUGGAAAAGAUUUGCAGCAACUCCAAACCAACAGCCCAGUUUCUGUUUUUGAAAGCAGUAGCUCUCCCUCAGUUGGGAAUUCCAACUCUGAGUUACCUGUUGUCCCUACGAAUCAUCCUCGAGGCAAACGAGGCAGACGCCAGCGUCUCUCAAACAUCAAUCUGCUAUACUAUGUUCCUGUCAACUUAACUCCACCAGAUUUUCAAAGGAUAGCCGUCUCUGAAUCAGAUUUGCCAACACAUUCUGCUGGGAAAUUAAUAUACAUAGUCAAAAAGCAGCAGAGGAGAAAAGACAUUUCCUUGCCAACGUACAAAAUUGAGAUGAAGAGAUCAUCAUCACAAGAGUCAGUUGCAACCAGAAAAUGCAUGCAUUGUGAGGUGACAAGCACGCCUCAAUGGAGAGAGGGACCAAUGGGUCCUAAGACCCUAUGCAAUGCUUGCGGGGUUCGGUAUCGGUCUGGACGGCUCUUUGCUGAAUACCGGCCGGCAGCUAGCCCCACUUUUGUAGCAUCAUUGCACUCAAACUCUCACAAGAAGGUCUUAGAAAUUAGGAACAGAGCAACCCAGGAGAGUGUUAGAUAAACCUUGUUGGAAAUCCUCUAGGAUAGUAUUGUGUUAGAUUUUAUUUAGUGGUAGUCCUAAACAUGAUUCUCUUGAUUAUUGUUCUCCUUUUUUUAUGGUCUAAUCCUAAUCUUAUAUUGCCUAGCAAGUUAGCAUCAUUUGUUUUAUGUAAAUUGAUUGGCAGAACAAUAAAAGGUAGUAAGACUAUAAUAGUGGUUCAAUGCAUGCUAUGCACUCAAGAUGUUGAAAAUUCUGAGAGAAUUAAAUUAAGACACUGUUGAAGCAAAGAGACAAUAUGGGAUGAAAAGAGCUAGAAUCCUAGAAAUUGGAUGCUGGUUGUGUUACUAGGGCAUGGCGUAGAGGAUCAUGCAUAGUUCUUCAGGUGCUUUGUGAUAUUUU